UUGGAAGACCUGAAAAAUGAGAUUGGGAAGCGUCAGGUGAAAAAUGCUUCCCAAAGCUAUGAGAAUUCCCGGCUGGAUACACCUGGACAACAGAGGGAGGAGAAGAAUCAACAUCAGGAUGUCAAGAGCUCCAUCAGCAGGUGUGGCAAAGUGACUUUCCAGCUGCCUGGGAAUGUGUCUCCUGGAUCAGUCUGUCACUUCUCCUGGAGGAACAAUAUCCUGAAGGAAACCCUGGGGAAGCUACAAGCCAACGUCACCCUGGACCCAGACACGGCCCACCCUGAUCUGCUUCUGUCAGAAGACCAGAAGAGCGUGUGCCGCGGGGACAGACGUCGCCACGUCCCUGACAACCCCGAACGCUUCGACUACUGGCCCUUCGUGUUGGGUCACCAAAGCUUCGUGGCCGGGAGACAUUGUUGGGCCGUGGACGUGGGCGACGGAGGUGACUGGGCCGUGGGGGUGGCCAAGGAGUCCAUCCAACGUAAAGGUCACCUCAGCCUCGGUCCUCACGGGGGGAUUUGGGCCUUGGAGAAGUGGGGAGGGCAGAUCCGAGCGCUGACGGUCAACAAGGUGACGCUUCUACCUCUCCGUUGGGUUCCACGCAGGGUCAGCGUCCACCUGGAUUACUCUGGAGGAACAGUGGCCUUCUUUGAUGGGGAGGAGGGUGGUCUUCUCUUUAUCUUCUCCCGGGUGGUCUUCAGUGGGGAGAGGGUGAGGCCAUGGUUAUGGGUGGUGGGGAUGAGGUCUCACCUCCGGCUGUGUCCUUAG